UAAUGCGACUCCUUUCCCAAAUACACGGUAAAAAAAUGGCACGUACCUUUAACAUGGCAUUUACAGCAUGAAUUAUUAUUAACAUAUUUAAUGCAGUGUGGUGUAUGCUUUAUUUACACAAUAAAUUUUUAAUAUGCAUAGCUAUAUCGUGACGCAAGCCAAUGAUUUUGGUUCAGAGGCGCAUAGCUUGCUUAAUUUAAUACUUUUCCAAUUCCACAUGAAAUGCUGUAGUCAAAUUGCUCAAAGAUUGGUAUAUUGAUAAUAUAUUUGGAUCUGUACGCUUAUCUGUGAGGUUUCAAGGGCAAAAGAAAUAUAGAUUGGGGAACACUGGUUAAGACGAUACUAUUUUCUAAAAACAAAGAAGUGCUACACUUUACAUGAUGAGGUACAGUUGCAAAAGAAUAGUUAGGAAAAAAUCUGUUUUGAUGCAAAAGUAGAGCAUGGCUUUGAGCAGAUGUGUUCUGGGUGGCCUUUUGAAAAUUGUGUGUUAUCUAUCUAAUGCUGAAUUAUUGUGGAAUGGAUAAUUGUAUGCAACUUAGCCGUCACAAGCCUUACGCCAGAUCUUUGGUAGGCUAAUACUUAAAAUGAGUGUUGCAUGUCACAUGUAAUCACACGGUAAUAACAGAAAAUAUUGCAAAAUUGCAUGCAAUCAAACCUACUCCAAUAGCAAGCAUGUUGUUAAUCAGCACUUAAUGGAAGUCAGUGGCUACGGCCAACUGUUAGCUACGAACGUACUUUGAAAAGCCGAUAUCUUUUGUGCUCAAUAAAAAACUGAAGGUUUUGAACUACUAGCGAGCACAGCCUUAAAUAUAAAGGUGACUCACCAUCCUUUAGAAGAACGUUUUUGUCCAAUCGGAGCUAUUAGCCUCUCUAUUAGCAAUCUUUCUGUUUCACAAAAUGUUCUUUGUUGUGAAAGAAAGUUCUUCCGGUGACAAAAAGGUAAAAACUCGAUUUAACUCUUAAAAGAACCUUUAAACGGUUCUUUUAACAUGGCAUGGCUGUGAAGAACCUUUUAAGCACCUUUAAGAGGUCCUGGAGGGCCGUUGAGUUUUGCUCCAGACUUGAUCAAACUGACCUUCUUGUAGCUUGCAAGCAAUCAGGAACAGCACGAUUAGCUUGUUUGAUUAGGGUUGAGAAAGCCAAGUGUAGGCUAAACCACGUCAGCAUAGUGAUUUUGAGUGAACUAUGUCUUUAAAAGGCGAAUAUGUGUGUGUGUGUGUGUGUGUGUGUGUGUGUGUGUGUGUGUGUGUGUGUAGUCUCCAUACAAGUUUAUUAGUCCUAUAAAGGGGAAAAAAAUGCAUGAAACGAUUAAAUCACAGGAGGACAACGUCUCGAGUCUCAAGGGGGCUUUAAGAGAUUCAGUUCGUUCCUACCGCCUUCGUCAUGAUGGGGUUGGACUGUGUCGAAAAAAAAAGGAGGGGCUGGUUUUAAUAUCAUAGAAAAGUCUACUUUGCGUGCUCUUUGUCAGUCCAAGACGCGUUGAAUCUCAGCGCAGCCCUUCGUGGCACGGAAUGCACGGAUUUCUGCUUCACGCCAUUUCUGUUGAUGACAUGCUCGCCUCUGCACAGAUGAGACGCGUUUGUCGGUCAGCGGGUCGACUGGGUUCUGGAGACGUUUGGUGAAGUCCUCCCAGAAGCCCUCAAACGCCACGUCGCGCCGAAGAAGCACGAACGCGCGAGGACCGCGCUCUUCCCGAAGCUUCCCAGAGUCGCGCCUCCUCCCGAAGUGCAUGGCAUCGCUCGUGCUCCUCGGACUCUUCAUCACCCUCGGUCUGGAGGCUUCUGCGUCGUGCGGUGGCUCGGGGUCGAGCAGCCAAGGCGCCGAGGGCUUUCGGUUUCAACGAGCCGGAGCCAGAGCCAGACGGCCUCCGCACAUCAUCUUCAUACUGACCGACGACCAGGGUUUCGAUGACAUCGGGUAUCACAGCAGAGACGUCCGCAGCCCGACGCUGGACAAGCUGGCCUCAGAGGGAGUGCGCCUGGAGAACUACUAUGUCCAGCCGCUGUGCACUCCGUCCCGCAGCCAGCUCAUCACAGGCAGAUAUCAAAUUCACACUGGCCUCCAGCACUCCAUCAUCAGGCCGCGUCAGCCCAGCUGCCUCCCUCUGGAUGUGGUCACGCUCCCUCAACGCUUGCAGGAAGCCGGUUACUCCACUCACAUGGUGGGGAAGUGGCAUUUGGGCUUCUACCGGAAAGACUGUUUGCCCACUCGUCGCGGCUUUCACACCUACUUCGGUUCGUUGACCGGCAGCGUGGACUAUUAUACAUACGGCUCAUGCGACGGCAAGUCAUUGUGUGGCUAUGACCUCCACGAAGGUGAGUCAGUGGCAUGGGGCAAAGGGGGGAAGUACUCAACUCACCUCUACACCCAGAGAGUGCGCAAAAUCUUAGCAGCGCACGACUCAACCAGUCAGCCUCUUUUUAUCUUCCUUUCCCUUCAGGCGGUGCACACACCUCUAAAGCCACCCAAAGAAUACAUCUAUCCGUACCGCCGCAUGGGCAACGUUCCCCGCAGGAAAUACGCGGCCAUGGUUUCUAUCGUUGACGAGGCGGUCCGGAACAUAACUUACGCGCUGCGCAAGUAUGGCUUCUACCGUAAUAGCGUCGUCAUCUUCUCCACUGACAACGGAGCCCAGCCACUAACAGGGGGAAGUAACUGGCCCUUAAGAGGGUGCAAGGGAACAUACUGGGAAGGUGGCAUUAGAGGAGUGGGUUUUGUGCACAGUCCCUUAAUACGCCAGCGAAGACGGGUCAGCAGAGCCCUUAUACACAUCACUGACUGGUACCCGACCCUAGUUGGACUCGCUGGGGGCAAUGUGUCGCAGCAUCAGGGCUUAGACGGGUUCGAUGUCUGGCCUAGCAUCAGCGAAGGAAAGGAAUCCCCCAGACUGGAAAUUCUCCACAACAUCGACCCUCUUCAUCGGCGCAGUCGGGGGUCCUUCAAGGACGGAUAUGGAUUGUGGGACACCUCCGUGCAGGCGGCCAUUAGAGCGGGCGACUGGAAGCUCUUGACGGGUGACCCUGGUCACGGGGAUUGGGUGCCGCCUCAGGUGCUCACGAACUUCCCGAGCAGCUGGUGGCACCUGGAGCGACAGGUUGAGAAAAAAAGGAAAUCGGUUUGGCUCUUCAACGUGACGGGAGACCCCUGCGAACGGCACGACCUGGCGGCGCGCAGGCCCGACGUCGUCAAGGAGCUGCUGGCGCGGCUAGCCGUUUACAAUCGCACGGCCCUACCGGUCCGAUACCCGCCAGACGAUGCCCGUGCUAACCCCAGUCUGAAUGGAGGCGCGUGGAGGCCUUGGGUGGGCGACGACGAACGGGACGAAAACUGGGAUGGAAUUUAUUACAAGAGAGGGAAGAAUCGCAAAAGGAAGAAAUGCAGGGUCUGCAAACUGCAGUCGUUCUUCAAGAAGUUCAAUUUAAAGAUCACGUCAAAACAAAUAUAGGAGUCUUCUGCUUCCAAUAAUAAAGUCGACUGCUGACGGUCCUCUAAAAUACGUUGCGACAACCAAUCAAUGCCUUGUUUUAAAGCUGAAAUCUGUAGUUACAUAGAUUACCUCUACAUACGAAUAUCUCUGUUUAUGCGAGCUCGCAAAACCUGCAUGUAUAAGAAUAAUACUACAAUCGAGAAAGGUUACUGUUUUUCUAAUUGUACUGUUUUCACGAGGUCAACUUAUUGCAAUGUUGCAACAUUUGGUGGAAUUAUUAACUGUGAAACAAUAUCACGGCAAUGGCUUGAACACUCACAGACCUCUGUGGUGUCGGACCGUGAGCCAGGAGACCACGAAGAGACUACAUUUCGACACUUUAAUACAAGUACAAGCUGUUUGUUAUGGCAGACUUGAUAUUUCUUACACGGCGUGAAGGCAAUCCCCUGUUGCACACGGCAUCGCUGGAUGGAUGAUGAGGUCUCGGGGUCAGGCCCGAUAGCAUUUAGUGACCUCCUUCUUGAACCGUGUGACUUGAAACCCCUCCGAAGGGUGCGAUGGACAAGAGAGUGGUUUUGGGGGGAAAUAAAUGUGCAAGUGUGUUUUCAUAUUUCAGUUGGUUUACAUUUAAAUAUAUAAUUUUCAGACAGAGCGACGUAUCUCAGACGGCAUCAUGGGUAUUCAGUGCUUCUCAAAACUAGAGAGUGGUACUGCCCCCUUGUGAAAAAACAUGUGUAUCUUUGCAUGCCUUUAAAAAACAAGAUUGCAAAUUACACUUUCUUUUGCUUUCAGACACUUUUUUACAGUUAAAUCGAAAUGCGUUAUAGUUUACAUUACAUUAUACUUUUAUAUCAGAGCCAAUAGAUGAAAUUAAGGCUCCACUUAAGUAGGAGUUCGGUAGGGCUGCAUACUUUCAUAAUGACUUUUCUAAGCACAAUAUGUAGGUUUACUAGUAUUUCAGUGUUCUAAUCAAUGCGCUUCAUUUCUACAACUUAAAAUUGUUAACUAAAUAUCGUAAUUGCAUAACGAAAUUGCAAUGCAGCAAAUGUAUUCAUUUUAAAUGUAAUACCAAGUACCACAACAGAAAAAAUAUUACCGAGCGGCUUACUUUGUACAUGCUUUAGUGCUUAAAAAGAAGUGUGGCCUAAUUGAAGCACAGUAUUUCAAACAUUACGACGAAAUGAUUUUGAGUAUGCCUUAAUACAGUAAAAAUGUAUCAUUUCCUGUGAUUGCAAAGUGUGCUGCAAAUACAUUACACGUGUGCAUUCGGUAUAU